CGAGCACCUGCGGAGGUCCGGUGAAGAGGAGGAAGAGGAGGAAGAGGAGGAAGAGAAGAGACUAAAUAAACUUAGACACCAACUCAGUGUAAACAUGAGGAUGUAUUUGACAGCCUCUUUAAUUCUAGCGCUGGGAUUCAUUCACCCUGUUCAUCUGUCGUUUUCUGCCCUUCCUGAAGACCUGGAGGGAUCCGGAUAUGACCCGGACACUUAUGGUUCCGGUUCAGGGGACUGGUCAGAACAAGUCUCACCAGGUGAGAUGAAAAACAACAAGAAGGAGGGGGAGGAUCCCUCCAACAGCCAAGACGUCAGAAUUCCUCCAGCAAAAGGCGGAGGUGGAACCCAGAAUACUUUCCAUGGUUCUUCAGUCCCGAGCUUUGACAAUAUGCACGGGCCUGCAGAACACAGCGGAUCAGGAUUUGUUGUCGUGGCAAACAGCAAGCAGUUCUUGGAGAGUAAAGACGUCUUAGCCGGUGUUAUUGCUGGAGGAGUAAUAGGGGUGACACUCGCGGUCGCACUGGCAGCGAUAUUAAUCUACAAAUGGCAGAAGGAAGAUGAUGGAGGAUACAUCCUGGGCAAGCAGAGUGACGAAGAUUAUCACAAACCCAACAGGGAAGAAGUGGUUGUUUAACUGAACACACUUGUACUUGUACACAAUGAUGUUUGUUUUCUAAGGUGGUGUUUAAAUGGGGAAUAUUUUCACACUUAAUUGAUAAUUUAUUUAUGUUUAUCAUAAAAAAAAUGAAGGAUUGUCUUUUCCGUUGCCUCUCUUUUACAAAGCCUACAAAGUUUGGGCUUAAGCCUACUUAGACCUCUUCUCAGGACAGUGUGAGUGUGUACAGAAGAUGCUUCAUGUCACAGAAGGAGAAGCAUAUCCAUAGGUGUAGAUAAUACGAUGAGCAAUGGCUGGAUACAAUUUGGCUGCUUCAGUUUCAGAGUGCUGAUGUCGUCCAUGCUCGCUCACUGUCACAUUGUCGUGGCUUCCUGGGACCUUUGAGUAGAACAGAGAUAAUUAAUGUUAUAAGUAACACCUGUCUGCUGUGAAAAGAUCUAUUAAAAUCUCCUGAGUGUAACAGGAGGGAGAUUUCAGGGAGAGGGAGAGCUGCAAUCCUGGUAAAACCUGGUUGUACCAAAAUGAUUUGAUCCACUUUGUUAGUGUUAUUUCACAAUUACAGUUAAAUAAUCCACGUGAUCUGAGAUAUGAAUAAAGAAUCUGAUGAAAACUCAUUCCAGGGUGUAUAUUAAAUGUAAAUGACAGUUAUUAGGUAAUUAUAAUCAGCUGCUACAAUGUAACACCUUCUCUCAUCUAGAUAUGUGUCAUGAAAUGAUAUUUACUAUUUUUGUAUGCCGUAAUUAAUUAAAUAAUAAAUGAGCUUUAUAACCAUUUUAAA